AUGAAUAAAUAGUGAGAUGCCCACGUGGGAGCAUGCGCUUCAGAAAUCAUUGUGGCCCAGCUGUGACUAUAUAACAUACAUGUAGCCUGUGGAUCUGAUGCAACUUGGAUAUUCGUAGAAUUGCAUUUUUUCUGGGAAAAAUCAGAUGGAAGCAGUAAUUUUCCAGCCUCGAAUUCUAAUUCGCUUUCCCAAAUUGGUCUCUUUGGGAAGGAGACCCACGUUCGCUUCGAAAGGUAUCGAGCCUGAAAUUGUCUUGAAUUUCGCAAAUCCAUUGUUCAACUUGUUAAAUUUGGCAGACAUUGCAGAUGUUUAUCCAAGUAAGGGCAUUCAACUCUCUGUUUCAAACAAUAGACCAGAUGGAAAAGCAGGGAAUCGGCCUCCUCGUAGAAUCUCUGCGCCAGGAAAAACGAGGAAGAAUGAACCUUCUUCGAGGAAAACAGAAGCCCAUAUGAAUGAGGAAGACCUAAAAAAAUCAAAAUACAAUAACCAGGAGGAAAUAAUUGCUCUCUUCAGAAAGAUUGAGACUUCCAUUGCUAAGGAAUCUGCAAGCUCCAAUGAUGAAGAAUCCUGCAAGGAUGAACAUGGAGCCGAGUCUAUUUUAGAGACUCUUCGUGAAUCAAGGAAGCAAGUGAAAGAGCUAUGGACAGGCAAAAGUUCAAAGAAGGCAGGAGCUAAAGCGUUGAGAAGUGAAGGCACGUCUGAAGAGAAGGAAAUACACGAUCCUUCACCACCAGCUGCAGAUUUCCAGUUGGUUAGACCACCCUCUAAAUUUGUGAAGAGAUCACCAAUCCCAUCUCCCCCACGAGGAAAUGGUUCGCAUCCUAGAGUUGAUGCAACUCAGGCCAUAGCUGAAAGCAGGGAGUUGAAGUUCCCAAGUAUAAAGAAUAUGAAACUUACCGAGCUGAAAGCACUAGCAAAAUCUAGAGGAAUUAAGGGUUACUCCAAAUUGAAGAAAAAUGAGCUCAUAGAACUCCUGGGAUCCUGAGCCAUGUCGAGGCAUUUUGAGGAGAAAUCCUCAAUCUCUUAUAUUUUUAAUUUUUUUUACUUUUCAUUUGGUGUUCCUCUUUCUACUUGCUUCACAUGUUUUAUUAACAAAAUUGCAAGCUGGUCCUUCAGUGUAACAUUCAAAAACAUUUGUUCAUACAUUUAAAUCUAUGACGAUGUUCUAAAAUUUAAUUCU